UGGUGCGGUCCGUCGCGGCGUGGAGAACGGGAGCUCUCGCGCUUCCUGCCUCCCUCGCGGAGUUCCCCCGUCGAAAGUACUCCCUGGUCUCUCGUCGCGUCUCUCGCGCGUUCUCGACGCUGCCCUCCGGAAGCCUUCGAGAGACCCUCCCCCGGAGGAAGAGAAACGGAAACGUGUACGCUUCGCGGAUCCUCGAAUUACGUGCGUAUAAAUAUUUCGGCUGCCGAAAACUCGAGGUGCGCGUCUCCGAUCGGGUCUCUUCCUCCUGCGGGACAAGUGAGAUAUAUAGCCUGACGGUGCAUUCCUCGGACGGAGGCGCACUCGGGAUCCCCCCCGAGUCUCUCCCUCCCGUCCUCUCUUUCCUUUUCGUCACGCGGACGGAAUGAUUGGAAGCGCGACGCGUGAAGGUCUUGUCGGCCAACGUUUGGACGAACGUGCGUAAGCGUAAGCGCGAAAUCCUUCCCGGAAGUCCGUCCGUCGCGAAGUCCUUUGACCAUCGUUAGCCGCGAUGAAGACCGUCGUUUUCUGUUCGACGUUCCUCUUGAUGUUGGCGUUGAUCGCCGGAUCAACUAACGACUGCCAGGAUCCCAAUUUUCACUCGCUGGAGACGCCGGAGUCGUCCAAGCUCGAGUGCGGCCCGGCCUUCAAGGACCGCUGUUACUGCCUCCGAACGUGCUACGACGGUCACCACCAGUACGUCGUGAAUUGCACGGGAACCGGAUUCCACGACACGUCCCCGCUGGCGCAUCUACCUAACGAGACGCAAGUGCUAAUCUUCACGGGGAACGAGCUGGAGGAGCUGCCCUGGAACGUUUUCGGCACCCUGGACAGUCUGCCGUAUCUGAGGGUGAUCGACAUGUCGAACAACAAGAUACGCGAGAUACGCGGCAAGGCCUAUCACCACGUGCAGCACGUGGAGCGUCUCAUACUCGACUUCAACGAGCUCUCGUUGGAUCCCGCGAGGAGCCACCCGAGGGUGUUCUCCAAUUUCAUCUCCCUCCUGGAGCUGCACUUGACCGACGCUUUCGAGGACGGCCCACCGAGGAACCUGGCGUCGACGCUCCACGACAUCUUCGUGAACAGCAACCUCACACGGCUGAUAAAACUCCAUCUCGAACAGAAUGAGAUCUCGGAGUUUCGAGAUGUCAACGUGUUCUGCGAUCUACCGAAUCUCCUCGACCUCCAUCUCGGCGACAACGAGCUGAGCGCGCUGCACUUCAAUCUGUCGUGCCUGCACAACCUGCGCUUCCUGGAUCUACGGCGGAACAAAUUCACGAGGGUGCUCGAGCGCGAUCUCCACACCAUGGACAAUCUCGCCAAGCACGAUCGGCCCGUAGACUUUUCCGUCGACUUUUCCGGCAAUCCCUUCGUGUGCACCUGCAGACUCAAUCCGUUCAUCCAGUGGAUGAAGAAGACGAAAGUGUUCAUUCGAAACAAGUCCCUCCUACAGUGCUACGAUGGUAACGUAACCCGCGAUUUCCACGAAACGAGGAAUUGCCCUACGAAGCUGCUAGCUUCCACCCGGCGAGGAGGGACGACGGUGGUGCUUUGCUUCCUCUCGAUGGUGCUGGUCGCCCUGGUGUGCGCUUUGGUGUAUCUGCAAAGGGCGACGAUUCAGAAGAAGAUCGAGCCGGUAUUCGACUCGGUCAGCAAGAGGGUGCGGUACACCUCGAUAGCGAAUGGUGACACCCGCGAGGAUGUGUGAACGAAGAAAAAGGAGAGAAACUGUUUUCUAGUAAACGGAAAGUUUCUGCUUUGAGAGAUAGGAGGUUUGUAUGAUCAAAUUUAUGGCAAAAUUGACGAAUUUAUUUCGGGGAAAAAAAAACAAGUGGAUAGUUCUUCAUUUAGGUAUUAUUUAUUACUAUAUUUAAGAUAUAAGAAUUUAAGUUACAGUACAAAACUUAUUAAAAAUAUAAGGAUUUUUCUGUCACUGAAGACAAGCCCGAAAAUUUUAAGUUUCUCGCGUUUUGCCACGAUUCCGUGACUUAAAUUAAUUCUAAGCAAUCUGUUAUUUUCUGGUCUAGUUUUUCUCAGAAUACUUUGCUCUAUAGAUUCAACUUAAAAUAGACUAUUAAAAAAUGUGUUUACAAAAUAAUAACAAUAUAAAUAAUGCAAAAAUUAGUCUGAAGUUUUCUAUGAUAGUACAAAACAUCUAAAUAGAGAACUGUGUCCAUUUAUUCCUUUCCCUGAAAUAAAUUCGCAAAUUUUGCUUUCAGUUUGACCACAUAAACUUUCCGUCUCUUUUUUUACUUAAUAAAAAUUUUCAUUCUCGUCUCGCGAAAGUAUUAGUGAGUUCGAUAACUCAGCUUAUCCGUUUCGCUCGUUUCGAUGCGAAAAGCGCUAGGGCACAAUUAAUUAAAAAUCGCGUUCCGCGAAAGAAGCUUCGCGCACGCAAAACUUUUGUAAAAUAUCUUCAGCUGUAACGGUAUCGCCGUUUUAUACCAAGUUAUUCAUGGCUCGAUAAUUCGCGCGCUCGCAACGGCGCGUAAAAUUGAGCAUGAAUUUUCAUGUUCGGCGAAUUUUCAGGUAUACCGCAUACACUCAACGAGCGAUAUCGAAUUGUGAUUAAUGCUACCUAGUAUUCAAAUUAACGAUUUACGAUGUAAUCCGUUUAUAAAUAAAUGUUAUUUAUUAUAACAA